CGAGACGGCGUCUUCCGUCCGUUCCAGCAGGUCCACGUUCCGGUCUCCCUCCGGCUACCAUGCGUUCCACCAGGUAAUUUCCGGCCUCCCUCUUACCAGUACCAUCGACCAUGGUCCAUGGCUGGCCGGCCCCUCGUUGGCCGGGCAUAUAUGUAUGUAUGUAUGCGUGUGUUCUUCCCUGACCCUCCACCAUCUCUUCCUCCUCACGCUCGCUCCCUGCCGUGGAUUCCAUGGGGAGCGGAAGCAAGCUCCGUCUCUGGUGCUCGGCGUUCGCCUGCGCGCUGGCGUUCCUCGGGGCGCACGGGGACGACGACCAUCUCGUCGACAUUACCUACGUCGAGAGCGCCGUGGCCAAGGGAGCAGUAUGUCUGGACGGGAGCCCCCCGGCGUACCAUCUCGACCCGGGCUCCGGCUCCGGGGUGAACAGCUGGUUGGUUCAUUUCGAGGGAGGGGCGUGGUGCAACAAUGCGAUGACCUGCCUGCAACGGUCGCGCACCCCGUUGGGGUCGUCCAAGGAGAUGGCCAAGCGGGUUGCUUUCACCGGGAUCUUGAGCAACGCGUCGGGUUACAACCCAGACUUCUACAACUGGAACAAGGUCAAGGUUCGGUACUGCGACGGCUCGUCUUUCACCGGCGACAAGGAAGAAGUUGAUCCUGUGAGCGCAUAUACUUCAUGUUUGCUGCUACCGGCAUUAGUACCAAGCACAGAGCUACACUACAGAGGUGCGAGGGUGUGGCAAGCAGUUAUAGAAGAUCUGCUCGCGAAAGGAAUGAACAAAGCUGAAAAUGCUCUGAUUUCGGGAUGUUCUGCUGGUGGGCUAACUUCGAUACUGCACUGCGACAGAUUUCAUCAGCUCCUGCCAGUGGAUGCCAAUGUUAAAUGCCUUUCAGAUGCUGGUUUCUUCAUCAACGUGAAGGACAUUACUGGAGCCAACCACGCCGAGGCAUUUUUUAGUGAUGUGGUCACAACACAUGGCUCGGCGAAGAAUUUGCCAUCUUCGUGCACUUCCAAGUUGCCUGCAGGCGUGUGCUUUUUUCCUCAGAACGAGGUGCAGCAGAUCCGGACGCCUCUGUUCAUCCUAAACGCAGCAUACGACUCAUGGCAGGUACGGCACAUUCUGGUGCCGGAGGGCUCCGAUCCUGGAUGGCGAAGCUGCAGGGACGACAUAACCCAGUGCUCCGCGAAGCAGCUCGAGACCCUGCAGGGGUUCAGGGACGAUUUCCUGGAGGCUCUGGGGGGGAGCUCGUCCACCGGAUCCAGAGGGCUGUUCGUCAACUCGUGCUUCGCGCACUGCCAGUCCGAGGUGCAGGACAUCUGGUUCGCGCCCGCUUCCCCGGCGCUCGGAGACAGAAGAAUAGCGGACGCGGUUGGGGACUGGUUCUACGGCCGCAGCGGGUUCCAGAAGACGGACUGCCCCUACCCUUGUGACUCCACCUGCUAUACUAACUGACGCACCGCCACCACUAGUGGUGCCUGGUCCCUCCGUGCUCGCAACCAACAAAUGGUCUUGGUUCUAUUUAUACAUUAUCUUUAAUUAUACAGGAAUAAAAGGUGCAAGUGCCGGCUUCGAACAUUAGUUUACAAGUCUAGGCUAUUCAUCAGUGGUUACGAUGUUCCAUUGCGAUGUCGUGAAAUUUAUGUUCCACUGCGGUGUUCCAUUUA